GGCUGGCCUGCUCCAGGCUCAGCUGGAGAAGUGGGAGCGGUUGCAGCUCAGCUAGCCAAUUAUUGAUGGCACAGCUCCUGGCAGCAGAGCCCUGAGAAAAACCUGAAGAAGACUUGUAUGAACAGAUGCGAAGUGAAGUGAGCAGAACCAGGAGAACACCGUUCACAGUAACGGCACUACUGUACAAUGAACCGUGAAGGGCUUGGCUGCUCUGAUCCAGAUGAUGGUCUAAGACCAUUCCAGAGGACCCAGCAGGAGAAAUGCUAUCCACCGCCACAGAGAUCCGAUGGAUUCUGAGUGCAGAGCGAAGCAGUUUUUUUCCUUUAUUUUUCUUGCUUCUCCCCCAGGCAAACUAGCCAAUCACCCACAGGGACAUUUGCCUCCUCCUUGCUAAUACUUCCUCUAACUUUUUCUUGCCUCAUCGCUAAAAAGAGUGGAAAGGACUACAGGAAAUGAGCAGCCUCUGCCCUAGUUUGGAAGACCCGUCUUUACACAACUCACAGCGUGGCCGGGACCCCCUCGGAGAUGUCAGUCCCUCUGCCAGGAGAUGGGGCGCUGCCGAGAUUCCCCUCCCCAGUUCUCCCUCGGGGCAUAGAUGCUUCUUUGGCUGGAGGCGGGGGCGGAGCUCAGCCCUCCGGCGUCCUGCCCACAGCCUGUGGCUCUGAGGCUUGGGGCUGGCUGCCACUGAGGGCUGCUGCAGUCCCCCCUACUUCUCUGGAGACUCCAAUGAAAAUCUCCAGGCCUGGAGGUCUCUCGAGGCCUAGCUCUUUCCUGCACCUUGUCAUUGGAGCCAGAGUCUGCUGCUCUCAAGGCCCAGCAGGCCGGGCGCUGGCGGGCUCUGGGCUACACCGACUCUCUCAGAGCGUGUCUGUCCCACGAACAACGUGCGCUGCUGGGGUAAGAGAAGUGCCUUUCGGCACGCGGAGGACAGUCCUCUCAUUCCCGUUUUUAAUGUCUCUUUAUAAAGAGACCGCGCGCUUCCUUUCCUCUAAACCUUUUAUCUAUUGCUACGCUCUGAGCGGUGGUUUCGGCCGCUCUCGUCUGGAACUAUCCGGGACGCCUUGCCUAACUCGGGUGAUGCAGUCGCCACGACUAACGAAGGUUUGGGGAUGUUGCCGUGACCUCGUCGUCAAGAUUUUGAGGGAAUCUUUUUGCUUCAACAUUCACCAGUGGUUGGCAUCCUUAGUUUAUUCCCUACUUCGUCCCUUCUUUUGGAUUGGGCACAAGGACCACGUUCCUAUCAAAGAAAAACUUGGACAGUCCAAAAGGCCUUCUUUGUUUUUGAAAUAUUUAUGUAGCAUAACUAUCAGCUGGCUUUUAAGUGACCGAUAAAAUUCCUCUGUAAACAUAGCCAGAUCAGGAAGCUUCUCCCAUGGGAAGUCACUUACGGCUUGCUAAAUUUAGCUUUCCGAAAUUGUAUUAUUUCGCUUAUUUCCAGUUUUCUUAAUGUUUAAAAAUAUGUUCAUUGAUUUCCUUUAGAUUUGUAGCCUUGUUCGAUUAUAAUUCAGCUCGAUGAUUUCUGAGUUUUUUUAAUUUUCACCAUUUGCUGUGAACACCUCCCUCCCCAUUCUGAUUUUAUUAA